AACAUGAGGUAGAAUUGUAGAAAAUAAUACGAACAACAAUUCUAAAUGGUGAUAAUUACACUUUAUCGCUUGAUUUAUAUUGUAAAACAUUAUUUAAAUGAUCGUUCCAAUUAUUGUUAUGACGUGUCUGGUCAACGUGCAGUGAGCGCAUGCGCAGUGCUGCCUUACGUGGCAUCAGCUGCAGUCACUGUUUCAGUGUAGUUAAAAAAUCAUUUUAUUUCUUAUUUAUAAAUUAUUAAUAAUUAUUUGUGAAUAAACGUUUUUUAUUUAGUUAUGGUACUUUGGGAAUCGUCGACAAUGUACCGACAGAAUUUAAUGAAUUCCACGAUGCAACCGCCACUACCUGGAGGUCCUGGUGGUCCAGUACCUGGACGACCUCCACAAGAUAUGUCUGCACCUUCAGUGUUGGGUCAAUCGCAAUUUUCCGGACCUCCAAUGGCAACGAAGCAAAAUUUCCCCGGUGUCCCUCCUCCUCCUCUAUCGGGACAACAAAAUUUGUCACAAACAAAUUCUUUAAUGAAUUCGUCGAUACAAGCACCAGGUGGUCCAUUACCUGGACAACCACCGCACGAUUUUUCCGGUUCCUCAAUGAUGGGUCAGUCGCAAUAUUCAGGACCUCCAAUGGGAGGGAUGAAGCAAAAUCUCCCCGGUCCUCCUUUACAACAUAAUUUGUCGCAGUCAAUUUCCGGACAGGGUGGACCUUUAUCAGGACACAUGAAUUCCCAUCCUCCGUCGAGUUCGCCUUUGCCCGGUCAACAACUAACAUCUGGAGAUAUGCCUCCGAUUUCGGGUCUGUCCAUUUCCCCCGGUCCUCUUCUAGCUCAGAAUUCUCAUCCUGGGGCUUUGUCCUCAGGUCCACCUUUGUCCUCUGGUCCACCUCUGUCAGGCCAGGCUAAUUCUCACCCUGGAGGCGGGCCUCCACUUCCUGGACAACAGAAUUCUCACCACGGGGGAAGUCCUUCUUUACCUGGACAGCAAAAUUCGCAAAUGCCUCCGAUGCCCGGACAGCAGAAUUGGCAGAACCACUCGGGAGCUUUGCGCGCUUCGCCCCUGCCGGGACAGCAGAAUCAUUCGGGUCCUCCUCCGAUGCUUGGACAACAAAAUCAUUCUAAUUCAAUGCGAGGUUCGCCCUUGCCGGGACAGCAGAACCAAUCGGGACCUUUGGGAGGUCCUCCCAUGUCGGGACAACAGAAUCUUUCUGGUCCUCCAAUGUCGGGACAACAAAACCUCUCGAAUUCAAUGGGAGGUCCUCCGAUGUCGGGACCUCCUCCGAGCCUAGGACAACAGAAUCAUUCUAAUUCAAUGCGGGGUUCGCCUCUCCCGGGACUACAAACCCAAUCGGGACCUUUGGGAGGUCCUCCAAUGUCGGGACAACAGAAUUUUUCGGGUCCUCCUCCGAUGUCAGGACAACAGAAUCUUUCGGGUCCUCCUCCAAUGUCGGGACAACAAACUCUCUCGGGUCCUCCGUUACCAGGACAACAGAAUUUCCCUCCGAUGCCAGGACAACAAAAUCAUUCUAAUUCGAUAGGAGGUCUUCCAUUAUCAGGACAACAGGGUCAUUCGGGUCCUUUGGGAGGUUCUCUAAUGUCUGGACAGCAGAAUCUUUCGAGUACGAUUCCUCCUGUACAACAAAGUCAAUUGGGCGCUCCUCCGAUGUCGGGACAGCAAAACCUUUUGGGUUCUUUAGGAGCUCAUCCAAUGCCAGGACAACAAAACCUUUCGGGUCCUCCUCCGAUGUCGGGACAACAGAACCUUUCGGGUCCUCCUCCGAUGUCAGGACAACAAAACCUUUUGGGUCCUUUAGGAGCUCCUCCUAUGUCGGGACAACAACAUUUUCCCAGUUCGAUUGGAGCUCCUCCGAUGCAAGGACAACAAAAUCUAUCGAAUACAAUGCCUCCAGGACAACAGAGCCAUUCGGGUCCUUUAGGACAACAAACCCAUUCGGGUUCGUUAGGACAACAGAAUCUUUCCGGCCCUCCUUUGCCGGGACAACAAACCUAUCCCGGAGCGGCUCCAGGUUCGAUGCACUACCCAGGACAACGAACACAACAAUCCUUACCCAGCAUGCAACCCCAUUUGGCGAAUCAAAAUCAGUAUAACCAGAAGUACAUGGGACCUCCGAUUCCCGGUCAAGGAGUCCUCCGCCAACAGGAGGCGCCAAUGCCCUACCAGCAAGGUUACCAAAAUGACAUGUACGCGAACCAAAGAACUCCCUAUCAGGGUGGACACCAACCUGUUCAUCCUGGACACCAAGGAGGCUUUCAAUCAGGCUACCAACAAAACCAACAACAACAGCAACAACAAGCCAGGAGACUUGACCCCGACCACAUGCCAAGUCCCAUUCAAGUAAUCCAAGACGAUCGUCGCUCCCGCAGUGGCAACUUCAUCACGAAUCAAAAGGGCCUAGUCCCUCCGCUAGUGACCACAAAUUUCACCGUUCAGGACCAAGGGAACGCUUCUCCGAGGUUUGUCCGCUCCACGAUGUAUACCGUACCGACAACGACGGACAUAAUGAAACAGACCAGCGUUCCUUUUAGUUUGAUCCUAAGCCCCAUGGCCCGUGUCGAGGAUGGCGAGUACGAACCUCCCAUUGUCGACAUGGGCGAAAUCGGCCCCGUGCGCUGCGUCCGCUGCAAAGCGUACAUGAGUCCUUUCAUGCAAUUCAUCGAUUCUGGUCGCCGCUUUCAGUGCAUGUUCUGCAAAGCGACCACCGAAGUUCCGACGGAGUACUUUCAACACCUAGAUCACACCGGUCAGCGAAUGGAUCGCUACGAACGGCCCGAGUUGAUGCUUGGAAGUUACGAAUUCAUCGCCACUAAGGACUACUGUCCGGAUAAUAAGUUCCCGAACCCUCCGGCGGUAAUCUUCGUCAUUGACGUCACCUACAAUACAAUAAAGUCCGGUCUUGUCAAUCUAAUCUGUUCGGAAAUGAAAAACAUCAUUAGGAAUUUGCCCAUAGACGCCGGGCAGACGAGAACUAGGAUGAAAGUCGGUUUUAUCACCUACAACAACACGGUGCAUUUCUACAACAUAAAGUCAUGUUUGGCUCAACCGCAGAUGAUGGUCGUCGGCGAUGUUCAGGACGUAUUUAUGCCCCUGCUGGACGGUUUUCUCUGCGACGCUGAGGAAAGUCUCGAGGUCAUCACUUCGUUAAUGACCCAAAUACCGAACAUGUUUGCAGACACACGGGAAACGGAGACGAUUUUAGCCCCGGCAAUCCAAGCGGGUCUCGAGGCCCUAAAAGCGUCCGAAUGCGCCGGGAAGCUGAUGGUCUUUCACUCUUCCCUCCCCAUUGCGGAAGCGCCAGGAAAACUGAAAAAUCGUGACGAUAGAAAGUUACUGGGGAGUGAAAAGGAAAAAACGAUCCUAGCACCACAGAAUAACGUCUACAACACGCUGGGACAAGAUUGCGUCGCCGCGGGUUGUAGCGUCGAUCUCUUCGUUUUUAACAAUUCCUACAUUGAUGUGGCGACGAUUGGACAAGUUUGCCGACUGACCGGAGGGGAAAUCUACAAGUACACGUAUUUCCAGGCGGACAUCGACGGGGACAGACUGAUUGUGGAUGUGGUGAAUAAUAUCAGUAGACCGAUUGCCUUUAAUGCUGUGAUGCGAGUGAGGACUUCGACUGGAGUGAGGCCGACGGAUUUCUAUGGACAUUUCUACAUGUCGAAUACCACGGAUAUGGAAUUGGCGAGUAUCGAUUGUGACAAGGCGGUUGCGAUUGAAAUUAAGCACGAUGAUAAAUUGGCAGAGGAGGAGGGAGUGUUUAUACAGGCGGCACUUCUCUACACUUCGUGCGCUGGUGUCAGGAGAUUGAGAGUUAUUAAUCUUAGUCUGAAGACUUCGGCGCAAAUGGCGGAAUUGUAUCGGGCCUGUGAUUUGGACGCUAUUAUUAAUUUCUUCUCGAAACAAGGUGUGUUUAAAUUAUUGGAACACUCUCCGAAGGCAGUGAAGGAAAAUCUCAUUUCCAGAUGUGCAAAUAUGCUGGCAGCCUAUAGGAAAAAUUGCGCUGCUCCAAGUAGUGCUGGACAAUUGAUUCUUCCAGAAUGCAUGAAACUUCUGCCUCUUUAUGUCAAUUGUUUAAUGAAAAGCGAUGCAAUUUGCGGUGGUGCGGACAUGACAAUCGACGACAGAUCUUACGUGAUGCAAGCUGUUUCUAUAAUGCCUGUUUAUACCUCAGUCAAUUAUUUCUAUCCCCGAAUGCUUCCUCUUCACAAUUUGGAUCCGCAGGAAACGGAUUUGCCUCAAAUGUUGCGGUGUUCAAUCGAUAAAAUUACGGACGACGGAUGCUACUUACUUGAAAAUGGAAUUCACAUGUUUCUGUGGAUGGGCCUCGGACUCAGUUCUCAAUGGGUUCAAGGAGUUUUCGGAGUACCGUCAGUCGUUCAAAUUGAUACGGAUCGCACGAAAAUUCCGAUUGUGGACACUCCACUUAAUAGACGAGUUAAUGAAAUAAUAAAUUGUGUUCGUACUGAUCGACAUCACUGUAUGCGGUUGACGAUGGUGAGACAGAGAGACAAAUUAGAAAUGGUAUUCCGACAUUUCCUCGUCGAGGACAAAGGAACGGACGGAAGUGCAAGUUACGUCGAUUUUCUCUGCCAUAUGCACAAAGAAAUACGAGCACUUCUUAGCUAAUAAAUCAAUUAAUUUAUAUAUAAAAAAUUUCAUAAAUACGAAAAGAAAUUUUCCAAAUGAAAAAAAACAUCAGCUAAUAAUUCGAAAGAAGAAAAAAAUCGCAUCGAGGAGGAGAUAAAUAUUAAAAAAUAUCACGUUGAAAGUGAAACUGUAGUUUUUAAUAAUAAAAAAAUAUAUAUAUAUGUAACUAAUUAACUAUAACAAGAGAAGAUGAAAUGGCUUUGUAGCAAUAAUACCAAAUUUUUAUGCUCUGCGUAAAAAUUUUUACAACCAUAUAAAAAGAAAUUUAACACGUUUAAAAAAGAAUAUUGUGCAAAAAAUCUCGAGAGGAAGAAAAAGUGCGCACAUUCAGUGAUUUCUAUUAAAAAAAAAAGAAAAUGAAAAAAAACAGUGAAACGUAAAUAUUGUAUUAUUGAAUAUUAAUUUUAUUUAGUCCAUUAUAGGUAGAUAGAUAUUGGUAUAUGCAAAUAAUCGAGUAUUUAGAUUUAUUUAAAGAGAAAAAAACAAAUUUUAAAAAAUUAUUUUACAAAAAUUAUUAUAUAUGUAUAUGUUCAAUGAAAUUAUUGUGCAAAGUUUUCUAUAUUAUUCAGCAUUUAAAGACUUUUUAAAAAGUCGAAUUAAUUUCCUUGUAAAUAUAUACAAUGCAAUGAAAAAGGAAAAAAUUGUAAUUGUAACGAAUCCGAUUUGCUCCUAAGAAAGGAAUUUCAGGUUAUGUUUGUCUUACAAAGCAUGUUUAUUAACAGGUAAUUUUUAAUUACAUUUAAAUUUAAAAACAGUUUUUAUUGAGUUUUCGGUAACAAAGACAUGAGUAUUAAUAAUUUUCACAAUAGUAAUUGAUUUUGUUUCUUUAUUUCCACUUUUAAAAUUUAAACAUAACCUCGAAUUGUUUUUACCUUUGGAGAAGCGUCACAAAUGUAAAUGCUUUGGAAAAUUUGUUAAUUUCUAGAGAUAUUUUUAUUGUAGAUUAAUUUAUAUUAACACUGAUUUAAUUAAAUUCCAGUCUAUUCAAUUAAAACACUGUAUAUGCCUUGUUAAAAAAAAAAAUUGCGAUGGCAGUUCAGCAAUUGUUAUUAGUCAUUAUGUCAUUCACUUCAACUUUUUUUUUGUGUAAUUUCUUUACAUUAAGUUUAAUAUAAAUUUGUUUCUGAAUUUAUA